AAUAACAACAAUAAUUGUUUGUGAUCCUGUCAUAAUUUGUUAAUAAAAAUGCCGGGGCCACAGAAACAAUCGUUUUUAUCGCGAAACCUAGUCGCCGUGGUCAUGAUACCCAGUCUAAUUGGCAUACAUAUUGGCUGGAAAGUAUUACAAGAUAAUCGCAAACUUGUGACAGUUGAGGAGAAAAUUGAUUUGCCUCCAAUCACGUUGGCCAAAUUCGUAUGGAAUAGACUGACAAAUGGAGGUGACACUCCGGCGGUGGAAAAUCAAACGGACAGCACAAAAUGAUCACUUAAAAUUAUGUUAAGUUGCUAGUUAAAAUUAAUUUAUUGCAUUAAAGUUAUGCAGUAAUUAAAUCUAUGAAAAAUUAAAAACUUUAUAAUACAUGCUAACAGAUAGCCGAAGGACAUGCAUUCAAUUAUGUAAAUUAAACUUUGCUCUUCUUGGACAUGGAAACGAACAAUUAA